GUUUCAAAAAGCGAGUCACCGGGUCAGCUCACACAGUCUACCGCAGCGACUUUCCAAUUCGGUAUUGUUGCGUCGACGCCGAGAAUUUCUAUUCUUCACAGUGAGAGCCUGUCUGUGAAGAAUGUGGUGGGUUUUUUGAUGGGUGUGGGUAGAUCGCAGUUUUGGCAGUUGGGUUUGUACGAAUUGAUGGUGGGUGAUCGGAAUUGGGUAGAAGAGUGAGGUGGGGGAAGGGAGAAAGAGAGAGCGAGCGAGCGAGGGAGGGAGGAAUCGAGAGGUUUUUGUGCUGGAGACUUUUGGGUGGUAGUUUUGCUGCCUGAAUUGACCCAGUUCGGUUUUAGGGUAUUCACGUGAUUGUGAACGUCGUGGUGGGUGCAUUUGUAGUGUGGGUUCAGAGGUGUUGUUUGUAGAUUCUGGGUUUGGGUUUGAGAUCGGCAGAUUGUGGAGUUUCUCUCCCACGCGGCACGUCUGUAGUGCAGAAUUUGAGGCGCCUGAACGGGAACUGCAGUCCAUGGAGGCGCUUGGAUUGUCUUCAUCGGCCAAGGUAUGGAGCGCCGGCGCCCUCGGGACGAGAUGUGAGCUUCUAAGUAAUCAGAGGUUGGAGAAUCACAUGGUUUGUGUUGGUAAGCACACAGCCCUGCCGCAAAGAAAUUCUGUGGCGUCCAAAUGCGGGGUUUAUGAGCUACUGAAGGCCGUGGAGAAGAAGGAUCGGUGGGGGAGGAAAGCAUUCCUCAAGGCUGGAGUCGCAAGAGCUCAUGUGGCUGAGAAAGCUGCCAGUGUAGAGGAGAUCACUCUGCAGCCUAUUAAAACGAUCAGUGGGAAAAUUAAGCUUCCAGGAUCCAAGUCACUCUCUAACCGCACCCUUCUCCUGGCAGCUCUCUCAGAGGGAGAGACUGUGGUUGAAAACCUGCUAGACAGCGAGGAUGUCCGCUACAUGAUUGGGGCGCUCAAGACGUUGGGCUACGACAUCCAUGAGGAUCGUGCAGAGAAUCGGUGUGUAAUUAAAGGGAGCGGAGGUGUAUUUCCUGUAGCUCGUGACGCAGAAGAGCGUGGCCAAGUGGUGAAGUUAUUUUUGGGGAAUGCUGGAACUGCGAUGCGUCCCUUGACAGCAGCUGUGACAGCAGCGGGUGGCAACGCCAGUUAUGAGCUGGAUGGAGUGCCUCGCAUGAGAGAAAGACCCAUCGUUGAUUUGGUGAUGGGCCUUCAGCAGCUUGGAGCCGAUGUUACUUGCACAGAAGAUUACCCUAAUUGUCCUCCUGUUUUGAUCAACGCUAAGGGCGGUCUUCCCGGAGGAACGGUACGUCUUUCUGGCAAAGUGAGCAGCCAGUAUUUGUCUGCGCUUUUAAUGGCAGCGCCACUCGCUCUGGGAGACGUUGAAAUUAUCAUGGUUGACAAGCUGGUCUCUGUGCCUUACGUCGACAUGACCUUACGGCUGAUGGAAAGGUUUGGAGUGAAGGUCGACAGGCACGACGGCUGGGAACGUUUUUCAAUCAAGGGAGGUCAAACCUACAAGUCACCAGGAAGCGCGUACGUUGAGGGAGAUGCAUCGAGUGCUAGUUAUUUCUUAGCUGGUGCUGCUGUCACGGGAGGCACUAUUACUGUUGAGGGCUGUGGAACCACCAGUCUUCAGGGAGACGUCAAAUUUGCCGAAGUAUUGGAAAAGAUGGGGGCCACAGUCCAAUGGGGUGAUCAUACAGUCACAGUUACGGGGGCACCUGCAGAUUUCACAACAGGGAAAAGAUUGAAAGCCAUCGACGUAGAUAUGAAUGCUAUGCCUGACGUGGCGAUGACACUUGCUGUGUUGGGUCUUUUCGCCGAUGGCCCCGUGGCAAUUCGGGACGUUGAGAAUUGGAGAGUCAAGGAGACAGAGCGCAUGCGCGCCAUUGUUGAUGAGCUGACCAAGCUGGGAGCUGAGGUAGAGGAGGGCCAAGACUAUUGCAUAGUAACUCCCCCGAAGAGGAUCACUCCAGCAAAGGUAGACACGUAUGAUGAUCAUCGUAUGGCCAUGGCCUUCUCGCUUGCUGCAUGUGGAGAUACCGCCAUUACAAUCAGGGAUCCAGGUUGUACUCGAAAGACAUUCCCCACUUAUUUCACGGAGUUGGAGAAGCUAUGCCAGCAUUAAUAUAUUAUCAGGAAAAAAACAUUCUUCCUCUCCUUUCGCUUUUACUCUCUUUUACAAGGUAUAAUCAAUCGUUUCUGGAGCUACUUGGGUGCUUUGAAUAAACAACUCAGCGUUUUUAGUGUGGGCUUUUCAGUAAAGAGGAUUAUUAACGUAGGAACUAGUCUCAGGUGUUGGCCUUUUAGUUAGAACCCCAACCCACGCGGUAACCGCAUGAUCCAUCCGGAAGUUAGAUUUCUAAAACUAGAGGCAGCUUAUUUUAUGUAAUUUAUUCAAUUCGAUAUUGAUGGCCUGAUUGCAUUCUCUGGCCUUGCGGUUCGGUACGAUUUUUUUAUUUUUUUAUUUUUUCUGUAUUACGAACCAAAUUAUUAUACUUGUUUUUUUCAGUGAA